AUGACAUCAGANACUCUCGUCGCGCGUAAAGAUGGCAAACCUCGUUUUUGCGUCGAUUUCCGAAGCACCGUCAACAAGCACCUCAUUCGCAAGACCUGGCCUCUAGCGAACAUGGAGUCCAACCUUGACUCUGUCGGCAGCGCCAAGUUCAUCAGCGUUGCAGACGUCCAGUCAGCGUACUGGCAGAUUCCUGUUCAUCCUGACCACGUCGAAAGGACAGCCUUUGUCACCAACUCUGGCAAGUACUGUUACAAGCGGAUGCCGUUUGGUGUCUGUAAUGCCCCAUGGAAUUUUUCUGAGAUGGCCCAUAAAACGUUAGGCCAUAUUCCUGAAUUGUUGAUUUACAUGGAUGAUUUCUGUGUGCUUUCAGCAACUUUCGAGAAUCAUAUGACGUCUUUGAAGGGCAUGUUCGUAGCUCUCCAAGCAGCAGGUCUGACAUUGAAACCUUCGAAGAUUUCGUUUGGCCUCAAGUCCAUCGAGUAUUUGGGACAUAUUAUUUCGGCUGAAGGUAUUUCUGUCGGGAAGGAUCGCAUCAAAGCCGUCCAAAACCUUCCUACUACUCGUUGCCUGAAAGAUCUUCGCUCAGUACUCGGGGUGGUUAAUUUUGUGCGCCGGUUCAUACCGGAUUAUGCAGAAAUAACCAAUCCGUUGGUGGAGUUAACUCGCAAAGAGUACGCCACAAAAUCACGUUUCGUAAAAGCUUGGAACAAAUCGCACGACGCAUCGUUCGCUCAUCUAAAAAAGCGGUUAUUAACUUCAGCGCCCGUUCUACACUUCCCAGACUUCGAUCGGGAAUUCGUAGUUCAUGUGGAUGCAUCCGAACAUGGGUGUGGCGCGUUUCUUGCCCAGCCGUCCAAGGCUGAUCCAGAGUCUCUUGACAUGAUUGCGUAUUAUAGUCAGAGAUUCAAACAUGGACAGCAUCAUUACUCUGCGUCUAUGAAAGAAUGUUGCGGUGUGGUUCUUGCAGUUUCGCGUUGGCGACCGUACUUAUUUGGGAAACACUUUUUCGGUGAUCACUGAUCAUCAAGCGUUGACUCAUCUUUUAAGUUGCAAGACACCAGCAACAUGCUCACUCGUUGGGCUAUCGCUCUUCAAAAUUAUGACUUACCGUCAAACACGUAGCGGGAAAAUUAAACGUUGUACCCGAUACGUUAUCUCGUUUAUUUGGCGAAAUUGAGUCCGAAACCAUAUCAAACAAACAGGCCUUAUUGUGGAAAAGAGGGUUUCGUCCUCGACAGACGUUAGGGAGUUUCAACCUUUAUGAAGGUGUUCUCCACAUUAGCGUCGAUUUGUAGGAAUGUGCCGAGUGAUCGUCCGUACCGUCCUCCUGGCCCUCGUGACUACGAAAUUUCUGCCGAUUCGUUGAACGACGUUGAUANCGUUGGGGAGUUUCAACCUUUAUGAAGGUGUUCUCCACAUUACCCCCCCCUUUUUCGAGGCUUCUUCUUGUUUGCUAGGCAAGAGAAGUCUUCUUGGGUUAACCGUAACCCCACCGGCUGGCGGCGAGUAGAACCACCUUUUUUUCCAACAAUCUUCUGUGCGUGUGUGCGGGUAAGCCACUUCCGCCACGCAUUGCCAGAAGUUUCGAGUUCGAUAGACAGUGCAUCGUUUCUUGGCCCACCCACCGUUUUUCUUUUUCCGUACUCCGGAUGAAAAUUAGGUGAGCAGCGGGUUUUGAACCCGUGUCUUCUGCAACCGAAAGCAGGUACCUGAUAUCUCUUGUCGACGCCAUUAUGGAAAAGAGGGUUUCGUCCUCGACAGACGUUAGGGAGUUUCAACCUUUAUGAAGGUGUU